AUGAUAAACAUGCCAGCUUCUCAAGCACUGCUUGUCUUGGUGGUGCUGGUGUUAUUACAACUUGCGAUAAGCACCACCUCCUCCUCCUUUUCUACUGCCACCACUCAUCAUGACACCACCACCAAAGCCGAAGCCAAAACCAUUUCGCACACUGAUUUUCAGUUUUUGAACGUGAAACAAGCAAUAAGAGAAACAAUAACCAGGCCUAUAAAACCAUCCCAAUAUCAACAACUAUUCAAGAAUGAUCCAAAUGAUGGUGAAAGUGAGGGAAAGAAGAAACUGAAACUUGUCCACAGAGACAAGGUAUCCUUCAACAACAAGUUACACAAUCAAAGCCACGUUUUCAAUGCACGCAUGCAAAGAGACGUCAAGAGGGUGGCUAGCCUUAUCCGCCGCCUUUCAAGUGGCAGCGCCGCCAAGUAUGAGGUGAAGGAUUUUGGGUCAGAUGUGGUGUCAGGGAUGAACCAAGGUAGUGGAGAAUAUUUUGUUCGAAUAGGAGUUGGUAGUCCACCGAGAAGUCAAUACAUGGUUAUUGAUUCGGGUAGUGAUAUUGUUUGGGUUCAAUGUAAACCUUGCACCCAAUGUUAUCAUCAAACCGACCCGCUAUUUGACCCGGCAGAUUCAGCAUCAUUUAUGGGUGUGUCCUGUAGCUCGGCGGUGUGCGACCGGGUAGAGAAUGCGGGUUGUAAUUCCGGUCGGUGUCGAUACGAGGUAUCAUAUGGUGAUGGGUCAUAUACAAAAGGGACUCUUGCCCUUGAAACACUUACUUUUGGAAGAACCGUGGUUCGAAACGUGGCUAUUGGAUGCGGGCAUAGGAACCGGGGCAUGUUUGUUGGCGCUGCCGGGUUGUUGGGUCUUGGAGGUGGAUCCAUGUCAUUUAUGGGUCAAUUGAGUGGGCAAACUGGGAAUGCAUUUAGUUAUUGUUUAGUAAGUAGGGGGACCAAUUCAAAUGGAUUUUUAGAAUUCGGAUCUGAAGCAAUGCCCGUGGGUGCUGCAUGGAUCCCUUUGGUCCGAAACCCACGGGCACCGAGCUUUUACUAUAUUGGGCUCUCGGGUCUCGGAGUUGGUGGCACCAAGGUGCCUAUAUCUGAAGAUUUAUUCCAAUUAAAUGAAUUCGGAAAUGGAGGUGUUGUCAUGGACACUGGGACGGCCGUGACUCGGUUCCCUACGGUGGCUUACGACGCAUUCCGCAAUGCUUUCCUUGAGCAAACCCAGAACCUCCCCCGGGCUUCUGGAGUAUCCAUAUUUGAUACCUGUUAUAACUUAUUCGGGUUUCUGUCAGUUCGAGUGCCAACGGUCUCAUUCUACUUCUCAGGUGGGCCAAUCCUAACCCUUCCAGCAAAUAACUUUUUAAUUCCAGUGGACGAUGCAGGAACCUUUUGUUUUGCAUUUGCUCCUUCCCCUUCAGGACUUUCCAUCCUAGGAAACAUCCAACAAGAAGGGAUUCAAAUUUCCGUUGAUGAAGCUAAUGAGUUUGUAGGUUUUGGUCCAAAUGUUUGCUAA